GUUGGUAGAUGCUGGGUGUUCUGCUUCUUGUGGAGGUGAUCUAGAUUUGUGAAUUGUUUCUUCCUCAAAGAACACAGCUUCCACAGCCUGUUUGCAGAGGACAGCAGCUGUUAGCACAAAGCUUAUCCUAGCAAGAUGCAGACCAUGCCAGUGGACACCUCUCCUGACUCUAAGUGCCCCAUGUGCUUGGACAGAUUUGACAGUACUGUGUAUCUAGAUCCUUGCUGGCACAAGUUCUGCUUCCGUUGUAUCCAAGAAUGGUCCAAACUCAAAGCAGAAUGCCCAUUGUGCCAACAGCCCUACUUUUCUCUUUGUCAUAUAGUUCAUGCCGAAGAUGACGCAUCUAGGUCAUCAGAAAAUGAAUCUUCUUCCUACUCUGAUUGCAGCAUCAUCAAUUUUGCUGAAAGCACUUUUGACUUAGAGGUAUGGGAUCAGCAUGCCACUUAUCACUAUCCUAGACCAUCGCACAAUGAAGGAAGUAGCUCAGACUCAACAACUCUCUCAGUCUUUUCAGAUGAGAUGAAUUCUCAAGAGGUAGAGUAUGGUUCAUCUGAGCAUAGUGUUGAUUCAUUGUCUUGGAAUGAUGAAACUCCAGGUCCUUCGUAUUCCCCUUCAGAAGAGUAUGUUGCAACCAUAAUUUCUUCGUCAGAGUUAUUAGAGAGCUCUGAUGAAGACUCUGCCUGGGAGAGAACCACACUGCAGCCUCAGUUACACGCUGCUGUUGACUUCAGUGACAGUGACUCCUCAUCAGAGUAUCAUGAUAUUGCUGGCUACGUUAAUCUCUAUGCUGAGAGGACACCAGAACCGACUGAGCUGUCCUCAGACUCUGGGGACUCCGUCAGGGAGAGGAAAAGAGAAGAUAUGAAAAAAGAGCAGUCAAUCCAGGAUAGGAGCUGGAGUGACAGAGAACCAUGCAGAGUUUCAACACCCUUCUCUCCCCUGUACAAGGAGUGUGUGAGUAGUUGUCAAAGCUCCUUUCUCUCUGUAGUCAAGAGGAUAGUGUCAAAGGAUGAACAGAAGAACAAAGAUCACUCUCCACACGACUCAGACUGGAGCCUGUCUCCAGUGAUGGAAAAUGCAUGCUCUCUUCGUAGCCAGAGGCUGUCCAGAAAGAGAAAGACCAGAAGUCCACAGAACAGUGAGGUCAGUCAUGGCCAUUGGCCUUGGAGGAAGCAUUACUUUGUUAAAUACCAGUUUAAAAAGAGGCUAUCGAAAAACAAAGAUAGUAGCAAAUAUUGGAGCAAAAGAAGGAGGAGGUCAAGGCCCCAUGACAUGAGCCCCUCCCUAAAAAGCCAGACAGAGUCCAGUAGCUGUGAGAGCACUAGCUCCAGAGAUUCAAGCAGAUCAUGGUCACAUCACAAAGGCCAUGGCCAAAGGAAGUCAAGCAGCCUAGACAGUGAUUGUUGUUAUAGAAGAGCCUGUUACCAUAGCAGUUACCUGUUACACAGUCCAAAGACAUUUGGAGAUGGCUCCUCCUGCAGUACGAGCACUCAGCCUAAAGCUCACUGUUCAACUAAGUCUCCUGGUCCAGAAUUCAGGAUCCAGUCUUUCACUAAAAUGACAGAUCUGCAAAGCCAGAUGGAAUUCCAUGAGAGACAGGACUCCUGUUACAAACAGUGCAUAUCAAGGAGUAGAUCAAGCUCCAGAUCAAGGAGCCCUUCUGAGGCAGACAGAACAAGAAGUGAAAAGCCUGGUGGAAAGAGAAAGCGCAAAACUCGACACUUGGAGAGCACAGAGAAGGGGAGCACCAGUAUGGAGAAAAAACAUAGCCCCCCAACAUUUAGUGAUUGCUACAAAAAUAAAGGCAGCCUUUCAGACAACCAAGAAAGUAGUGAGACAAAACAUGAGGAAAAGAAUAAAAGUGUGGGAAGUCCAAGUGUGGAGGGAGUCUAUGAAGGGACUGAGACAAUGAAGUGUGCUUUAAAGAAAAAUGUUAAGAAGAAACACCAGGAACAUCACUGGAAAGAAGUGUAGUUCUUAUGACUUAGUAUGAUUAAUUUUUACUUCCAGAUUCAUGUGUGUGGUGUAAGUUGAUCUCCUCUGAAAAGCAGUAAGCAGUUUCUAUGUAGAUAUUAAAUAGACCUUCCUUCUGGAAGGAAUAAAUAAAUUAAAU